AUGUUCGGCAAGGAUCUAAGCAAACCGUCCUUUAUAGAUCGUCAUUCGUCUACUUCGACCAAUCGCAGGAAGAUCAGUAAGGCUUCCAUCCUUCGACCCAAUAAUCUAUCAUUGAGAGAAAGAGAUUCCGAAUUGUCAACUUUGAUUCAUCAGAUGGAUGAGCUUCAAGAUAAAUGUGAUCAGGUCAAAAACGAGAAGGAUGAUAUCCAACGACGAUCAGACCAACAACAAAAAGAGAUUACAGAGCUGAAGUGUCAAUUGGAUCAAGCGCACAUUAGAGCACUGAACAAGGAAGAACGACUUCAAGAAAAGAUCAAGAUAAUCGAAGAACAACGAGAUUCGUAUAAAUCAAAAUACGACAAUUUGAGACGAAUUACCAAAAAGCGCAUGAAGUUCCAUGAAGAAGAGGAGAAGCGAAAGGCAGAAGCUGAAGAGGUCGAAAGGGUGCAAAAUGAGAAGAAGAGAAAAUUGGAUGAGAGUUUCUUUGGGUGUUUGGGUGAUUGA